UGGAUGGUCCAGUUAAAUUUAUUGAAGCAGAAGGUUUAAGAGGUCAGUCUUGGGUCGUUCUCCAAGGAAAUUUUGUGCAAAAAAACUAUAAUAGAAAUUUUAUUAUGUAAAAGGAAAACAUAAAAUCAUAAAUAUAAAACUGAAAAGAACUAAAUUCUUCUCCCAGGAGAUCACACACUAGUAAUUCGUCUUUACAUACAUGACCAUUCAAAAACUUGAUAGUGUAAUAUAGCUUUAGCGCCAUAUUAUCUGACAAAUUUCUGUGUAUGAUUAAACACUUAAUUAAAAAAAGACUGAGUCACAAAUCUUGCAGAACAACCAAACACAUAAAAUCAAUUAAAAUGACCAAAAUGGCAUAGUAUCACGUUAAAGAGUGUAAGGGCAUCUGAGAGAGUGUAUUAUAAAAAAUGUAUUUACUGUUAUGGAAACUACGAGGCACAGAGCCUAUGACUGCCUUUUCAGGUGAUUUCCAAUAAAAUGGCAGAAGAAAUAUAGGCUUUUAAUUUAUUGAUAUUUGUUCAGUAAUGUCAAUAAGGCAGAAUACAAAGAAUAAGUGGUAUAAAUGAUUCCUUCUCACUGUUUUAACCUGGAAAGCGAUAGUCCACAGCUCUUCUACGGCCCACCUCCAGGUCACACUGAAAACUGCAUUUAUUUGAAUGAAAACGCCAAACUGCUCUUGGAUCAGUCUCCUCCAUUCUCAGAGCGUCAUUCAGGAAUACGUGUUUAUGGCUGGGACGUAUGCGUCAUCCUACGUGCUGCAACAGACAGACACGACCAACCGCCACCGUCACUUGGAGAAAACAGCCUUUCUGAAUCUUUUUAGACAAACCGAGAUACAACUCAUGAGCUGUGACGGAUAAUCACGAUCAUGAGUGGAUAAAUUUAGCGGAAAUGUUGGAUAUAUAACGAUAAAAAGCACCGAGUUCGUUUUUGUCACGUGUUCUACCUCGACCAAUCGGAACGAGCCAAAUCUCGCUGAAGUGUGCUCUUUGUUGGUGAGUUUUGGCCGCCUUACCCCCCAUAUUGAGGUUAAUACUUUUUAAAACCUCAGGACUUGGACACGACUGGGACUACUUUAUCGAUGGAUUAUAUACUGGAUACGUUUUAUUGAUUUUUAACGCGGUGCCACGUGUUCAACUUUCGAUAAACAACUAAACCAAGGCUUAUCUUGUCACAUGACUCCCCUCCCCCACCCUGCUGAGGGAAUGGGGGAGAAGGCGGACAUGUUUGAGGGAAAUGUGUUGGUUAAAAGUAUCGAGGUGGAGGACGAGAAGAUAAAUUGAAGAAAGGUUUCGCAUUAUCUUGGGAUUUAGCAGGCGACAUUUGUGUGUAUUUUAUUUUCAAGGUUUUUAUGUCGUACUUUACAAAUAUUUAUUUCUUUAUUUUUUUGGAUUAUUUUACUUUACUUUUGAACUGUUUUCGUUUUUCAAGGGAAAGAUUCUUAAAGCAGAAGCUAAAUUUGAUGAUGAGUUGAUGUAGCGAAACUUUUCAUCGUUGGUUUCAGUGACAUUGUAGGGUAUUUGUAACCUUGGUGUGGGGGAUGGGCGCAUGUGGUUAGGUAACCGUUCUUGUAAUUAUCAAAUAUAUAAAAUCGCUUUUUGUCAGAGUAACACUUUUUAUGAUUUUUACAGCACAAUGUUAUUUCUUAAUUACACAUUUUAAACAGUUUAAUUUAAUAUGUAGAUUUUAAAGGCCACUAACUUAUUUUUUUUAGCUUAGUAAAGAUUACCUUUUUGAUCUGUUUUCCAGUUCAUAACUUGUGUACUGGUCGUUUUUUUCUCAUUACUUGGCUCGAAAGUAAAACAAAUAUUUAACAAAAGUAGGGUGAGGUCAGUGUGAAACUGCUGUGUCAUUCAGUGGGUGUUGGUAGUUCUGGAGACAAUGGUUGUUGAGGGUUUUUAAAAAUUUGUUUUCUCUUUAACGUCGAACCUAAAGAAAAGACUAGUUAAAACGCCUUAACAUCGCGGAAUUUAUAACAAGUACUAUCUUUGUGUUUCUUUGUGGCUUGAAAACCGAAGAGGCCUCAAUCGGUUUCCCUCCUGUAAAGAUAGCUCUCAACUGUCUGAGGAUUAACACAGUUUAUUUCCAGUGUCAGUGUGCGGUCUGCGUAACGUUCCGUGUUUUUAGUGAUACUGUAUAUCUGACAUUUUGGGAGAAAUUGUUAGGUCACACUCGGUGUAACAUUGCUCAAAGAUGGCGGCCGUGUGUCUCCUUCAACAGACAGAAAUGCGGAUAUUCUGGUAAGUAAAGAGCUCGUGGGGAGAGGCUUGUGGCUCUCGGAGGCUUGCGCGUGACCUGGUGUAAGAACCAAUAGCCUGCGUAGUGUAUACCCUGGAAGCCCGCGUUACAGCCAUGUUGACCAAUCCCAGCAUUCGUGUUGCACGCAUUGACGUAAGAGGACGAGUGUCUUCAUUCUCUGCGUAUUCCGUACAAAAUUUUAUCGGGGAACAGACAACCGGCAGCAAAUCUGCGAUACGAAGCUCCAUUAGUCUUGUAAAUCUUAAAAUUUCCUCACUCUGUAGCGUUCCUGUGCUAUUCGGUUUACACAAAAGAUUGUGAGUGGAACCCCGGUAACUUGGGGUGUAAUCACUCUGACGGACACUGUAAACAACCAGUAGAAACUCGGAGGGCGUGGACAUUAAGCGAAUAUCUGUCCAAUGGGGUGGUUGCUCCGUCUAUAUAAGAACGGGAACAGUCGCUCAGACGCCAUUUCAACGAAGCAGAUCAAAGGAUUUCGCUGUGGCGGGGAGCCGGGAAACCCUUGAACGGAGACGGAUCCAGGUUGAGCCCAAAUAAAAACAGAAUCCGGAUCCAUCCUUAUGGAUAUGGCUGUUAACCCGCACCUCGACAGGUAUCUACCGGUAUAAUUGACUCUCAGCUAUCCAUCAGGGGGAAUAUUAUGAACGUUUCUUUUUAUUAUUUUUCUGUACACACCGUUACUGGCAGCCUGUGUUUGCUGUUAGAACAGCGGGGGAGAUACACGGACAUUGAUUGUGCCGCAUGAGAACGUUUUCGCGUUGUCCAUGUAGUAGCAUUGUUUCCAUUUUCAGUAAAUAAACUGUGUUUUAAGCGCUCUAAAGCCGCAACUGUUGUUCGCACUAAGCCGGCGCCAUCUUCGGAGCGCCUUUGCCGUCGGCCGCUCUUUCCGUGGCCUGGCAGUUUGGCUAGCACUGUUAGCAUUAGCCACACAGACCAAAGCUCUGUUCCAACAGUGGCUGUUCGCCCUGUAAUGCGGCGCAAACUGGGCUGUUAGAGAAGUGGCAAAACACAGAUUCUGUUUGACUUGGUGACUUUCGAUGGAGAUUUUGACAAGUAUGGCUGAAAUAACGUGACGCUGUUGACAACACUGAAGAAACAGAGGACAUUGGAACUGCCGGUAUAAUGCGUGUUUCACCUUAUUUGAAUUGUCGUGUAAUGCUCAGGAGGAAUAUUGUUGUGAUGUCGGGUGUAUCAUCAGGGUUAGCAAGGGGUAACGCAGGGUACUAGUGUGUGGGGUGUUACAUUUGGUUGCCUGGUUACGGCGCUCAGUGUCACUCGAGCCAAGUAGUGUUGGAAAUUUCAAUCGCUCAAACCUAACCCACCAUCCUCAGUAGGUUUAUCACAGGUCUCGACAAAUUGCCAUGGUAACAAAAUUACAAUUAGGAUAUAAUAAGAAAAUGUUUUUUUAAGUUAACACCUAUAUUAUUUUAUCGUUUGUUUGCCUGAUUUGCCCUACUCAUUUGACUCAAACUUGUCUGUUUCUAUUAUGUACAUGGUUAAGUCUUCCUUUAAUAAAGUACACUAACUGUCAACUGUGUUUCCAUAAGUUGUAUCAUUCAACAUUUUUCCCAUACGUGCUAGCUGCUUAGUUGUAGGGAGUCUUAGGACUUCCUUACUUAGUCCCUUGUCUAUUUAUGUACAGAAUAAGUUUACUUGGCCAUGCAGACCUCCUAAAUGGCCUGUGGUACAGGUCCUGUUUUAGUAUAGCCAUGUGCAAGAUGGUAACUUCAAGACACAACAGUCAGACAUUCUUAGUUGUUUCAGCAACAGAUUAAAGCACAUUAUGAAAACAGAAGUACCAGUAAAAGUUGUUUGCUUGUGUGCUCGAGGUGUUGUGUACUUUGGAUACCACAUUGCCCACCAUCUUUAUUGAUAUGCCACAGAUGUUUGUAGCACUCUGUACAUUUUUAAUUGGUACAAGUUAAAGUGAUUUUAAGAAACAAUGCUGAGCCUACAGAAGAAGGCAAGCUAAGCUUUUAAUAAUCUUUAUCCUGUCAAAAUGAAAUCAGCAAGAACUACAGGAUGAGUUCGGAAAAGGUGAGCAGAGGUUGCUGUAACAAAUUACCUGACCCUGAUGAUGCUCGGCUUUUACCUUAACGCUCUGACUUGGCCAAAGUGCUUCCUAAGGUGCGGUAUGAUAACCAGAGUAACCCUCGGAUGAACCCUGUUGGUACAACAAAAGUCAGAGCGGAUAUGUUUUAAAGCCUGCUGCUUGUCAAUGAAUAAGUUAAACCCAGCUUAACUGUGCAACUUGUUUUGGGGUUGAAUACACAACAAGCCAUUUCAGGGGUUGCCCUGUAAACUUGAUAAUAUGAGAGAAUCAGAGAGCACAAGCAAAUCACUGAGACACUGUGGCUCUCUAAUGUUUUAAUGAAUUGAAAACAUGUAAUGCCUUAGUUACGCGGGCUUCAGGACAGCAACGUGUAAAGUUGUGAAUUUACAAGGGAGGGUUUGGUGCUGAGAGUCUGCAUGUUACAGAUUACCUGAGAGAGGAGAGUAGUAGUGCCUGUCAGCCAGACGGAGUGAGGUGGGGGGUGGGGGCAGGUCUGUGUGCAAUAUUUUCGAAGGCUUUCAACAUACAUGAUGAUUUACAAAGUUUUACAGUGUGUAGCUGUGGUUGGGGGGGGGGGGUCGUGCUCACUACUAAGUUACAGGAGAAGUGGUAUGUCAGUGAAUGUUUUGUCUAUUGUUGUGCCAGUAGUUUGGUGGAAAAAUGACAAAGAUGUGACUGAUGCCUGUGAAUAAGAAUCGCAUGUCCUGGUUAAUAAAGAAUCAGGAUGAUGUGCGACUAAAAGAAGCAAAGGGGAAUCCAGGAGAGCUUCUGUUGUCUCAUUAGAGUUGCUGCAAAAACUUUGACAAAGGUUGUCCUCAUUCAGUUCUAUGCUCAUUGUGUUAAACUCUGUUCAAAUAUGAAGUUUUAUUAAGGUUGCUCUAGAAUUAUGCCAAAAAUUUAAACCAAAUAGUCAACCAGUGUCAUACCAACUCUUGCAGCACCCAUGUCGAGGUCGGCAUGACGGGGGUCACAGCAAUGGAGCAGAGUUCUGGCACAGCUGGAAAACGUAUCCGAAAGCCAUCACUGCUCUACGAAGGCUUUGAGAGCCCAGGGCUACCCCCUAUCAAUCAGAUGGCCCAUCAGGGACCCCCUCAGCCCCCAGUGAAAGACCCAAACCGCCAGGGGCGGAUGACCAACCAACUUCAGUUCCUGCAGAAAGUCCUUCUCAAAUCUCUGUGGAGACAUCACUUUGCGUGGCCUUUCCAUGAGCCUGUGGAUGCGGUCAAACUCAACUUGCCUGUGAGUAGAAUUAAACAAUUAUUUUUUCCCCUCAACUGUAAAUUAGACCCACCCCUUCCCCAUCCCUACCUACAAAUAAUGAGAAGUUUUUGUUUUUCCUGUUCUGAAAGCUUCUCUGUGUCCCUGCAGGACUAUCACAAGAUCAUCAAAACUCCUAUGGACAUGGGCACUAUAAAGAAGAGACUGGAAAAUAAUUACUACCGCAGUGCCAGCGAAUGCAUGCAGGACUUCAAUACUAUGUUCACCAACUGCUACAUUUACAACAAGGUAAGUGUUGGUGAUUGAUUUUGUAAAACAUUUCUGUGACAUUCUGGUCAUAGAGCUGGACUACAGGAAGUCAAGCUAAAUAGGAAUUUCCACUUAACGAGUUUCCUUUAAUCAAAGUAGCUUGAUUACAUAACACCAGAUUCCAGUAAUAGACACCUUAAAAUGUCCAGAAGAGCUGUUUCAAAACUGUUUCAUGUUCUGAUAAGUUGUCCUGACCUCCCCCAUGCAGCCUACAGAUGACAUUGUGCUCAUGGCCCAGUCACUGGAGAAGGCGUUCCUGCAGAAAGUGGCCCAGAUGCCCCAGGACGAAGAAGAACUUCCUCCUCCCCCUCCGCGGAUCAAACCUGGCAAACCUGGAAGAAAAGGGAGAGGCAACGCAAGUAAGUCCAGUGAUAUCUGUAGUUAUCCAACCUGCUGCACCUCACAACUAUCAUCUUUUGAAAAUGCAAACACAGGUUUGAACUAGUGACAAAUUGUAAUUAUUUCCCUUUCUUGCAGUCUCUGGAGGAGUGACGACAGCUCACCAGGUCCCUGCUGUCUCUCAGUCUGCAUACUCACCUCCCACCCCAGAAACCCCAGACUCAAUCCUCUCCACCCCUCCACAGACAAUUUUGGCAAAGAGCCUGCCCCCAUCCCUUCAAACUGACCAAAGCAUCCCCACCAUUACAGCUCUGCCUCCUACACAGCCCACCACGAAGGUAUUAUUAAACAUACUUAGUCGUAUGUCUGUGUUGAGAAUGAAACAAUUGUUCUGAAUGACGUCAACAAAGACAGACCAGAGCAUCAUUUUCAGCUUCUCACUCUGUGAUCUUUCUCAGAAAAAAGGUGUGAAGAGAAAAGCAGACACAACGACUCCAACAACCGUGGCCAUGCCCAUCAUGAGCACCAUGGGUGUCAGCAUGGGGAUGGGUGGUGGGCACAACUCCCCACUCACCCUCACUUCUCUUGGGAUGGACCACACCUCGAGCCUGGGCAUGAACCAAGGCCUCAGUCUCAACCAGGGCAUGGGGAUGGGGAUGGGCAUGGGUUUGGGAAUGGGAAUGGGCUGUGGACCAGUUAUGAUGGGAACCAAAGCAACAUCAGGGGCCAGGAGAGGAAUUAGUGGACGACCCAUUAAGCCUCCUAAGAAGGAUUUACCCGACUCCAUGGUCCCACCACCAGUGCGGCGCAGCAAGCUGAGCCCUCAACUGCGCUACUGCAACGGAGUCCUGAAGGAGCUGCUGUCCAAAAAACAUGCAGCGUAUGCCUGGCCGUUCUACAAACCUGUCGACGCUUCAACGCUCGGACUUCAUGACUACCAUGACAUCAUAAAGCAGCCUAUGGACCUCAGCACCAUCAAGGUACUUUCCUACAGGUGACACUAGAGAGGAAACAUCAUUGCUUUGUAUUUGUUUAUGUGUUUUGAUCAAAUCCUCGUCUCCUUUGUUUUAGCGUAAGAUGGACUGCAGAGAGUAUCGAGACUCUCAGCAGUUCUCCGCUGAUGUCAGACUGAUGUUCUCCAACUGCUACAAGUACAACCCUCCAGAUCAUGAUGUGGUCGCCAUGGCAAGAAAACUGCAGGUAAGGUUCCUCUUACACUGAUAAGGAUGUACGAUCCCUGAAAUGAAUAAACCAUAGUUUUAAAAUUUUGUUUUUGAAACGGUUCUCAUUUUAUCUCUUAGGACGUCUUUGAGUUCUGCUUUGCUAAGAUGCCCGAUGAGCCUCCAGCUCCCCCUAGCUCCUCAUCUUCCUCCUCGUCAUCCUCGUCAUCAUCAGAGAGUGAACUCAGCAGUGAAAGUGAGGAGAGCGACAGCAGCCCGAGCUCCGACUCUGAGGAGGAGAGGGCAAACCGGCUGGCAGAGCUGCAGGAACAGGUUUGUAUCCUGUGAAUGUAGACAAGAAACCGGAUGUUCACACAGCCGCCAUCUUCAGCCUUCCCUGACUUGUCUUUUUUUUCUCCUGCCUUCAGCUCAAAGCCGUACACGAGCAGCUCACCGCACUUUCCCAGGGCCCCAUCGUCAAACCUAAAAAGAAGAAAGAGAAGAAGGACAAGAAGAAGAAGAAAAAGGUGGAAAAAGAAAAGCACCGGAGGAUUGAAGAGGAGCUAACAAUCAUUAAACCUGCAAAGGCCCCCAAGGUUUCCAAAACUCCAAAAGCCAAGACGAACCGCGGACCCGCCUGUCCUGUUAUGCCAAUUAAGAAAGCACCAAGCAAGAAAAACAACAAGAGCAAGUAAGUCCUGACACCUUUGGGACAGUGAGCUUCACUGUACUUCCACUUAUGUUUGGCCUCUUUCACUCAUAACCUUCUCCCUCUUUGUCACGUUUCCCAUCAGAUCCAAAAAGACCGGUAUGACCUUUAGCAUGCCUCCACCAGCCCUCGAUCCAAUAGUCAGUCAUUUCGACUCUGAUGAAGAGGAGGAGACGGCACCGAUGUCGUAUGACGAGAAACGUCAACUCAGCCUCGACAUCAACAAACUUCCCGGUGAGAAGCUUGGCCGCGUCGUUUACAUCAUCCAGUCCCGCGAGCCUUCACUCCGAGACACCAACCCGGAGGAGAUCGAGAUCGACUUUGAGACACUGAAGCCGUCAACGCUGAGGGAGCUGGAGAGAUACGUCAUGACAUGUCUGAGGAAGAAACCCCGAAAGCCCUACGGUUAGUAUUUAAAACGAUCAAAUUUAAGUCCUUGAAUUUUUACUCCAUAAAGACGUUAUUUUCAAAAACAUGUUAGUGCAGGUUUCUGCUCUCUAUCACUCCAGUAAUGCAGCUGAAAUAGACUCGUGAGACUUAUACCUUUUUUGUUUUCUGUUCAUUAGCAGCAAGUAAAAACAACAUUGCCGGCAAGUCCAGAGAAGAGAUUGCUUUGGAGAAACAGCUGGAGCUGGAGAGAAGGUUGAUGGACGUUAGCGGUCAGCUCAACUCUGGGAAGAAACCUCCGAAGAAUAAACGUAAGCCCUCCCAUAUUAUCAAAUUUAAGUUGUCCUGUAGUGAUGACUGAUGAGUGUAAAUCCAGGUACGCCGGUCUCAUGGCUCUGGUUAAGUUUUGUCACAUGAUGUUGAUUUUGUAUGUGUGUCUUCUCCAGCAGAGAAACCUGCAACAGAGCAGCACACUCAGCCAUCACGUCUCAGUGCCAGUAGCUCCUCCUCAGACUCCUCUUCAUCGUCGUCCUCCUCCUCAUCUUCAGACACAAGUGACUCAGACUCUGGCUGAGAGGCAGAGGGAUUUUCUGUGUAGAAGGGUCAUGCAAGGGACCCAAAGCAUUUAGCUUUGAGUGGACUGAACUGCAGCAGAGCCAGCGACGAGUGAGCCGCAGGACGGGUCAGAUGAGAGCAGCACUGGGCAGAACCGGUCCAACUCGAGGUUCGAACCGAGAAAGAGAGAGAUGGGGCUUUCCCUGCACUCAUUUCAUUCAUCCAGUCCUGUCCUGGACUCAGAAAGCUGAUGACGGAUGAAUGAAUGGAUGGAAAGAAAGGAGGAUGGUCAUUGUGGAGUCCUGCUGUUCUCUGGAGAGUCGGCCCUUGUCGAGCAGGGCAGGGGAUGCUCCAUCUCCUGCUGAAAAAGAAGAGUGGUGCAUGCGUCUGGAGGGAUAAGGGUGCUAGAGCCAGAAUGUGUCUUUGUUCUGGAGAAAAUUUCCCUUCUUUCCGUGCUCCCUGACUUUAUGCUGUAUAGUUAAGGUGUACAGUUAUAAAAUAUUGAUUUUUCUUUUAUAAAGAAGCAUUUUAUGGAGCUUAUUUAUUCCCUCAUGCUGGGAAAGACUGGUGUGGGCGAACUGGUGUUUUAGUUUUUGUUUAGGUUUUUUUCUUGAGUGCUAGAAGGUCGAGGGGAAACACAUCUGAGUGUAAGUGCGUGUGUCUGUGUGUGUGUGUGAGUGCAUGUGCGUGUGUGUCCGUAUGAAUGUGUGUCACAUCUGCAUGCACAUGUGUGAGUGCGAGACCCGGCACCACAAGUGUGGCCUUGUGAAGUUCCUCAUAGUUUCAAUGCAGGCGUUGGAAAUCAGUCUGCACGCAGAAGCACCUUGGUUCAUAGAAAACAGAAAGCAUGCAAUACAGAGGAGCUGACAGACAUCUGCAUACUCAUGUACUUCUUUACUGCAUCCUUGUGUACUCAUGUACUUGUUUUAAAGGGUUGGCCACUUGUACAGAAAUGUGACAUAAUUACACAAUAGUUAAACCAUAAAUGUUUCUGUCCCCAUGUGUGCUGUCUUCUUUUUUUUUUUCAUUCAUUUCUCUGUAAACACGUGUUGCGAUUUCUCUUCUUGUGACCAAUCUGCUAAUAAAUUGUGAGGACUUGUUUUGUCUGCUCACCUGUGCCCAAAUGACAUCUUGGUUCUUUUGAGUUCUUUUGGUGUUCAGGUCUCUCUUUCAUUAAGGUCGAUAAAUAUCUGAAUAGACCGGGGUAUGAAAAGCUGCCAGAUAAAACAUGUUGCUAACUUAAAUUCAUACAGGUGAAGCGUUGUGGGUUGGUUUUUCCAUGAGCCAACACCUUAAAAAAACUUCAAAACUUGUCUUUUAGGGGGGUUUGGUCUUAAACAUCUAUGGCAGCUGAAAGUUUGAGUAGCUGUUUGUUCUUAAGUUCACUUUUUUGUGUGAUUUAAAACUAAAUUGAAAGUUUUGCAGGUGAACUUUUUCUUGUUUUUGAGAAAAUGUGUGUAGUAAAGUUGAAAAGGUGUUUUAAGUUUGAUUUUAAGGAUGCAGCGGCCUCUCUGAUUGUUAGACUGACAGAGACGGUCAUAUAUUGUGUGACAAAAAUGCACUGUUUGUUUGAUAAACUACUAAACAAUUUUGUGAUCCAUGUGAGGCGUGUGUACUUUUGCUUUUUUGAAUCACCUUUGACUUAAGAUUGGAGUAUGUACACCAAAACAUCACUAUCUAUUUAGGAAAAAAUAAGAGAAAAUGUUUCCCCUGAAGUAAUUAAGAUUUUUAAAGCUUUUAAGUGAACUCUGCUCCAUGAACUGAGAACAGACUUCCUGUCCGGAUUGUAAAAGUGUACAUAUAUUACAGUCUCAAUCUUUGCAGCAUGUUUUUGUUUUUCUUUCAGUAACUUUUCAAGGAGCUUUUUCUCGGCUCUGCUAAGAUCUUUCUGUCAGCCGCUGUUUUCAAGAAGGUACUCCAGAGUUGUCAGUCUUAAUUCUGAAGCCUCUGUACUUGACUCCAUGGUUCAUCUGAAUUUCUGUACAUAAAUAAACAGGAACAUGUUCAUCUUUCUCUGACUGGGAGGG